AUGUCUCGAGACUUGACACUUGAAUUACAGUCCAUUCGCGAUGGUAAAGCUUCUAUCGAACAUCAAAUCGAUAUUCAUGUAAACGACCUUUUUGGCGUCAAAGAAAACCAACAACUAUCUCUCGAAGAUGUACUUGCAGGAUUACGUUAUGUUAUGGACUAUCGCCUUAAAGGCGGUAGACUUCCAAACUUGGAUCUUGAUCUAAUGAAACGGUUAUGUGAAGGUUUAUUAUUAAACAUGUCCUAUUCAGAAGGAGGAUUACUUAAACGUAAAAUGACAACAGAGGCUAAUGAGGCCUUUAUCCUUUUUGGAGAAUUUCUUGAAGAAGUGGAAGAAUUUCGUACGGCUGUUGGUGAAAAGAAUAUAUCUGAUCUAUACAAUUCACUCAAACUUCAUCGUAGAUGUCGUAAAGAUGCAGAUCCGGAAGUAAAGCAGGCUGCUGCUGCUAUCAUUUAUAUGUUGACAGAAUGGUUUCCUCAAUUUUCGGAUUGGCAUGAAUUGGUUAAAGAAGAAGAACAAAGUGAUGUAGAAAAGGUCUUAAAGGAACUUACGGGUACGAUCAAAAAACCCAAAAUGCCACCACUCCAGGGAGUCGCUUUGCCUCCACCUUCUUUGUACUUUGAUCGUGAUGUCACUCGAUUACUGAAAAUGUUUCGCACUUCUCUCACGGAUGGUUUGUCAUCAACUCUAAUUGAGCAACUAUUGAAUCAUUAUGGUUCAAAUAAACUCCCAGAACCACCAAAACCUUCGAUAUUUAUGAUAAUACUUAACCAAUUAAAGGACUUCAUGGUUUUGAUCUUGUUGGCUGCGACAGUUGUAUCUGCAGCAGAACAAGACUUUAAAGGAAUGGCUGUUUUGCUGUUUGUAAUCGUCCUUAACACAAUAAUAGGAUUUACACAAGAAUAUAAGGCAAAUAAGGCUUUGGAGGCCCUACAGAAGUUAACAGUGCCAAAGGCACGAGUGAUCCGUGACGGUGAACAAAUAAUCGUCGAUUCCUUCCAACUUGUUCCAGGUGAUAUUGUGGUCCUUGAUGAAGGUGAUGCUAUUCCCGCUGAUGUGAGAAUUGUUGAAAGUUCUCAUAUCCAAGUUAUUGAAUCUAUUUUAACCGGUGAAAGUCUUCCCGUGCAUAAAUCUAUUAAGAAAAUUUGGACAAGUACUAGAAGUCUUCCGUUGGGUGAUUGUAAGGGCAACGCAUUUAUGUCCACAGUUGUUGCAAAAGGACGUGGCAAAGGUCUUGUUGUUCGUACUGGAAACGAUACAGAAGUUGGUAAAAUCAGUGCUGCUAUUACGUCAGCACCAAAGAUUAAAACUCCAAUUCAACGCAAGUUGACUAGACUUGGACAAUGGCUCGUUGUUGUUGCAAUAUUAUUGUGUGUCUUGAUUGUUGUCAUUGGUAUUGUUUAUAAACACAAUGUAAAAGAAAUGAUUACUAUUGGAAUAACUUUGGCUGUCUCCGUUAUCCCCGAAGGUUUAGUAGCCGUAACAACCGUCACAAUGGCUAUUGGUGUUCGUCGAAUGGCUAAGCGUAAUGCCAUCGUUCGAACAUUACCUGCGGUUGAAACUUUGGGUAGCGUUACUGUUAUUUGUUCCGACAAAACGGGCACUCUAACCGAAGGAAAAAUGGGACCAAGCGAGUUGUGGACUGCGGAGGAUUCAUUGUACUCUUUUACUGAACCAGCCUCAUUAAAUCCAAAUGAUGGUGGUAUUUUGUUCCUUUCUAAGGAAUAUCGAAACAUAAUUCUUAAGAAAAGUCGAACCUCAUCAAAUUCAUUGUCUUUAUCUGAAAAGAUAGAUCAAAACGUAAUAAAACCUCAAGAGAUACCGAGAAGUUCCUCAAAUCUUCCUGUUCAUAUGAUGACAGCACUUAUGAUUUCUUCUCUAUGUAACAAUUCUUCUGUAACAAAAAAUGAUGAUGGUGAAUGGAAAGGAAUUGGAGAUCCUACCGAAGUAGCUUUAGUUCUUGCAGCCCAAAAAGGAGGCUUUACCAGGAAUUAUUGGGAGAAGGAAUGCGGUUUCACCAAAGUUCACGAAAAACCUUUUGAUAGUGAAAGAAAACUUAUGAGUGUUGUAUAUGAGACUACAAAUUCAGAACAUUUAAAUCUUGUAAUGGCGAAAGGGGCACCAGAAGAAUUACUUCGUAAAUGUACACAUCAUUUACCGAACGUUGAAACUUCAAGUACUAUCGAACCACUUAAUUUGAUCCUUGGGCAAGAAGAUGGGUUUCAGCUUGAAGAAUUAAAUGAUGACUUUGUUGAUCUUGUAUCAGAACAAAGCUCAAGAAUGGCGUCACAAGGGUUGAGAGUUCUCGGAUUAGCUUUCAAAUCUGUAUCUAUUGAUGAUAGUUUUCCUAUUACUGCAUCAUCGGAAGAAGCGAUUGUUGGAGAUUCCAAAGAAUCUGAAGAAGAUUCUGCAUCACCUACUGCUAAUCCAUUGUUUGCAGAAGAUAAUUUAACUUUUAUUGGGUUGAUUGGAUUAAUUGACCCGCCUAAGAAGUCAGUUGCCGAAUCCGUUCAAAAGUGUAAGAAAGCCGGUAUUAAAGUUGUUAUGAUAACCGGUGACCAUGUCGCUACUGCUACAGCAAUAGCAACUGAUAUUGGUAUCAUUGAACCUAAUGUGCCGAAUAUGAGUCGUGCAAUUCUUGGUGCAGAGCUGGAUCUUUUAUCAGAUGAUGCGAUUGCAGAAUUAGAUCCAUUUCCAAAUGUUUUCGCUCGUGUCAGUCCCGACAAUAAACUUAAAAUUGUCAAAGCAUUACAAAACAUGGGCCAUUCAGUAUCUAUGACAGGUGACGGUGUAAAUGAUGCUCCCGCAAUAAAAGCCGCGGAUGUGGGUGUUGCGAUGGGAAUCAGUGGCACAGAAAUCACAAAACAAGCAGCAGAUAUCAUUUUGGCAAAUGAUGAUUUCUCAACAAUUGUUGUUGCAGUUGAAGAGGGUCGACAAGUUUUUGACAAUAUUCUCAAGUUUAUUGUAUAUCUUUUAAGUUGUAAUGGUGCCGAAAUUAUUAUAAUGUUGCUUUGUUCUGCAAUUAAUAUUGAAUUACCAUUUACGUCGAUUAUGAUCUUAUGGGCUAAUAUCAUUGCUGAUGUUCCACCUGCAAUUUCACUUGGCGUUGAACCGGCUGAAAAAGAUAUUAUGCAACGAAAACCAAGAAGUCCAAGAGCACCCGUUCUUAGUAAAGUUGCAACAACAAUACUUAUUAUGCAAGCAUUUACUAUGGCAUUGUUGCCGUUUGGAGUUUAUAUGCUUGCAAUGAACAAACAUAUUGAACCGGAAAUAACAUUAGAAGAAGCAAAGUCAUUAGCAUUUGCUACUUUAACAACAAUGCAACUUUUUCAAGGUUUCUUAUCAAGAACAUUAAAUGAAAGUCUUAUUAAAACUGGAAUAUUUGGUAAUAAGUGGAUGGUCGGUGCUGUAUUCGGAUCAUUAUUUUUAAUGCUUCUGGGUGUAUAUGUUCCAGGAAUCAAUUCCUGGUUGGAACUCACACCUGUUCCAGCUUUUGGUUGGGUUAAAAUUUUAAUAUGUUGUAUUAUUCAAUUAGUUGUUAGUGAAAUUGGUAAAGCAUUCGCAAGGAGAUAUAGGGAUUCACAAUAA